UAUUGAUGAAUUUUCUCAGUCAUUUCAAGACUGCGUUUCUGUAACACUGAAUAUUUAUUGAAGUUGAAAUCGUAGUGGAUUAGGGUGUGUUUGAUAAUAAUCUUAUCAUGACCGUUUUCACGAAGCCCAGUCUCAACGCUCACAAGCCUGAGGCCAUUGCCGACCAAUUAUGUGAAGAUUGUAAACAACAGGAGCUGAUCGAUAUGCACAACAUCGAGGGCCCUUACAUCAUGAGGAAGCGUUCCGCUACUAUGCUGGUGUGUAUGUUCCUCAUGGCGUUAGUGGUGGCCGCGACCAGCAUUGCAGGUGGCGUGCUCUUGUACCGUCAGUACGUGAGAAUCGGCACCGUACGACGAUACCAGGGCUUCUGUACCAUACCCAUUUCUACUAGGGACUCGCAAUUAAUGGAACCAAACUUCCGCACAAUGCCUCUUCGUUGGUCCAACGAGCCUGAUGUGCAGAUUGUGAGCACUUUAGACGAGGCCGCCACUGACCAGCUGAUCACGGCGCUGCGUGAGGAACUGGACAUCGGGGAGACCGUCGAAAAGAUCUCUGUCAUUGACAAUGGCCGCCGCAUUCAUUUCAUUCAUGAUUUCCAAACUAAUACAACUGGCAUCAUCGACUCGGACCGUUGCUUCACGAUGGAGCUCCAGCCCGAGCUGGUGCUGCUGCCGGGUAUGCUGGCGUCGGGGCUGCAGCGCGGGGACGCGUUCGACGUGACCCGCGUGCGCUCGUCGCUGCGCGCGCUGCUGCCGGCGCUCACGGACCUGCCCGACGGCGGCCUGCUGCUCGACGACUGCAACCAGAAACCGGUCUACCGCUUGGAGAAGGACGACCAGCCCAUGAUUCGCAAGCGUUCAGUGGACGCGUUGUCUCACGACUACAUCCAUUUCUCGGGUCGGCACGUCCAGGAGAUAGAGAUCUCCAACUUGGCUCAGCUGCUGCAGCAGGAGCAGAAGGCCAAUCAACCCUAAAUACGUUGCAAACGCACACACACAAUACUUUUAAUCAUUAUAUUUGGAACCUUUAGGUGGAUAGUCUUUAAGAUUUAUUAUAAAGGUACGACUAAACUUAUAAGUUUGUCUUCUGUCUUUUUGUAUUUAGUAUUAUGUUAUAAUAUUUGUUUUUCCUUCAUUACUACAAAAAAGGCAUUAAAGGCAAAGGUUUUGAAGCUAAUACAUUAAAGGCAUUAAGCUUUGAAGUUAUUUAAUUAUUUUAUUUUAAUUUUAAAAUAUAUUUAAUUUUCACAAUGUCAUUCUCAGUAUUGGACGUAAAAUUUAUUGAGUUUACGUUCUAAGACCGCGGGGCAAUGUUUGUGAGUUAUUGUGCCAUUAUCUACAAAUACUCAAAUGAAUAAAUUAAAGAAAUAUCUUCAAUACUCCAUACUAAACUGUAGCUUAAUAUCGUAUUGAAAUAAAGUUUAAUUUGUAUUAAUACUAAAUGCAGUCUGGAUUUUCUUUAAACCAGAUACAGACAUGUAAUGAUAGGUACGUACUGAAUUAUACGUAACUAGUUCAUAUUCUUCUAUUUAUUAUUGAAAGUUUAAUUAGUUCAACUAUUCGUGUUAUUUAAUUUUGUAACUGCUGUGUAAAAGAUUAUUUUUAUUAUGUUAAAGAUUGUUUUUGUUUUUUUGUCACCUUGUAUUUCGUAAAUAGUACCUAUUUUACAUAUUAAUACUAGCACUUUAAGAUUAAUACACAAUUUGGAUCUCUAAAUUAGCCAUUCCAAAGAUUUUUACGUUUUGUUUUAGAGUUAAAAUUCUAAAAUGUUUUAACUUUAAAACAAAUAUUAAUUCUAGAACUACUUUUAGUUAAAAGCAUUUUGCUUAAAUAAUAGUGAAUUUAGGGUUAAAUUACAAAUCAAAACACAAAGUAUUAGUCUCUUUGAUUAAGAUAAGAUCUACACAAUGUUGAAUUAGUAGAGAUGUACAGUGAGCCAGCGACUGGCGACAGUGGGCGCCGGGCCAGUACAACUCAGUACGAACCACUGGACGCGUGUAAACAGACCGACUGUACCUGCUGACUGUCACUGGAUCAAUGUAUAAUUUCUUUUAUUGUAAUGUUAGGUUAACAACAUUUAAAUCUAAAUAAUUGCAUGUCGACGUAAGAUACUUAGAAAAAUAAUCUUAUGAUUGAAAACAAUAAGUUUCCAACCAUAAAUUCAAACAAAAUUUCUUUCGACAUACGACUAUUCGGAUCCGAAGAUGCAGUUUACAUUUAGAAUAGAAAAAUCGUUUUGAGUAAUGGAAAUAAAUAUGUAGCUCUAUAUGUUAUAUUCCUCAAUAAAGUGUUUCAAUUUA